ACUUGUGCCUAAGAUUUCCCCCGCUCCCCAAACUAACACAAGCAAGGUGGAGGCUCUGAAUGUGAGACCGAACUAGAACCAGAGGAAGAUAAAAAGGAACAGGGGAGGAAGGGAGAAAAGAAGGGGUAGGGGAUAACCAAACGCAACAGAGGGCACGCCAGGAAGUUCCUGAGGUUGUGACCUAGCGGGAUGUGGAGAUACCAGGCUGCAGAGAGAGCCAAACCCCAAAGGCUCCACUCACCCCGGGCUUCGAGCGGCGCGACCCGGCUUGGCCGCCCUUGGGCUCGGGUCCGUUGGCUCCCGGCGGUGGCGGCACGGAGCUGAAGACUCGGAUCCCCAGGCAGCAACGCGCCUCUCCCGGCCGCGGAAUCCCUGCCGUACCCCAAAGCCCAUGGCCGUGGGAGAACAGAAGCCAGAGCUGGCGACACUGCGGCCGCAUCACCGCACAAGGCGCCCGCACCAAUGCCGCCAUGAGUUUAGGAGACCGGGCGGCUUUGGGCCGCCCCUCCAUUUCCGCAGGAGCUUCCGCUUCCGCCGGAAGCCGGGCGAGGCCGCUCCAGCCUCAGGUCUCGGUGGUGGUGCGGUUUACCCGCGGGUUGUCAAGGAGUCCAGGGUUGUGCGGCUGCAAGCGCUUAUUUAGAAGCCUGCUUGGAGGUAAUGGCUGAUCAGCUGGACCCCGAUGCCCUGGCUGAUGGUUCAGAGCCACUUUUUUCCUUUGGAGUUAUAGCAGAUAUUCAGUAUGCUGAUUUAGAAGAUGGAUUCAAUUAUCAAAGAAGCAGGCGGAGGUAUUACCGGCACAGUCUUGUUCACUUACAGGGUGCCAUUGAAGACUGGAAUAAAGAACGCAGCACGCCCUGUUGUGUCCUCCAGCUUGGAGACAUCAUCGAUGGCUACAACGCACAGUAUAAAGUAUCAGAAAAGUCUCUAGAACUUGUCAUGGAAACAUUCAAAAUGCUUAAAGCCCCAGUUCACCACACAUGGGGAAACCAUGAAUUCUAUAACUUCAAUAGAGACUUCUUAGCAAACUCAAAACUUAACAGCAAGUUUCUAGAAGACCGAAUUGUACAGCAUCCCGAGACCACGCCAUCAGAGAAUUAUUAUGCUUAUCACUUUGUACCAUUUCCUAAAUUCCGGUUUGUUUUACUUGAUGCUUAUGACCUGAGUGUCUUGGGCAUAGAUCAAUCUUCUUCAAAAUAUGAGCAGUGUAUGAAGAUGCUGAGGGAGCACAACCCAAAUGUGGAGUUAAAUAGUCCCCAAGGACUUUCUGAGCCCCAGUAUGUCCAGUUUAAUGGAGGAUUCAGCCAAGAACAGCUGAACUGGUUGAAUGAAGUUCUUACAUUCUCAGACCUGAACCAGGAAAAGGUGGUGAUUGUGAGCCAUCUUCCCAUUUACCCAGAGGCCUCUGACAGCGUGUGCUUGGCUUGGAACUACAUGGAUGCCCUGUCCGUCAUAUGGUCUCACAAGUGUGUGGUGUGUUUCCUUGCUGGUCACACACAUGACGGUGGCUACUCUGAGGAUCCUUUUGGUAUACACCAUGUCAACCUUGAAGGAGUUAUUGAAACAGCUCCGGAUAGCCAGGCCUUUGGCACAGUUCAUGUCUACCCUGACAAAAUGAUACUGAAAGGGAGAGGCAGAGUUCCAGACAGAAUUAUGAAUUACAAAAGGGAACAAGCUUUGUGUUUUUAGUCUCA